AAAUACCUAAAAUUCCAGUUGUAUAUAUUUUUUUAAGUCUUCAAGUGGUGCUGCAAGCCUGCAACAUUACAUCAAGGUCACUAAUUACUAGUCUGUCUAAGUCCCUAAUAAUAUGGAUGCUGAAUGAAUCAGUAAAUAUCUACUACAUACACAUACCUACUGGAUCAGUCAUUAUCAUAACAGGAUAAAAAUUGUAUAAAUCAAAUCAGCUCAGUGCCGUAUACCGGUGUGUUUUUACGUCAUACAGGAUAUCUAGGUAUAGAUUUGAUUUGAUGAUUAUGUGAUUUCAGAGUUUUUAUCACCAAACAACAAUUAUAAAUACCCUAAUAUACAAGAGUGCACGGUUUGUCAAGCAUGAAAGCAAUAAAAAGCCGUUACCAUGGUUUCUCCCAAUGCUGUGUCAAAAUAUUUACGUCAACGCGCUUACCUAACCCACGAGUUACAGAUUAUAGUUUCUCUAAAACAACACAUCAAUAUUAUUAACGAUGGGUGAGAGGGCUUCUGCAUCUGCGGAAGACACGCUAAUACGAUAUGACAAUCCCGUGCUGGUUACCAAAAAGCAGGAGGCCACGCCAGCUGGUGUGACUGCUGCAGCUGCGCAGCCAUGCAUUCCCACAGAGGCUAAAAGAGAAACUGAAGAAAUACUGAACGCCAUCUUGCCACCGAAAGAAUGGGAAGAGGAGGGCCAAAUCUGGACUCAAAAGAUUUCUUCGACACCAGCGACGCGACUAGACGUGAUCAACCUGCAAGAGAUGUUGGAUACGCGUUUGCAGCAAAGACAGGCACGAGAAACCGGUAUAUGUCCAGUCCGUCGGCAACUUUAUACGCAGUGCUUUGAUGAACUUAUACGACAGGUAACGAUAAACUGCGGUGAAAGGGGUCUCCUGCUUCUGAGAGUUCGCGAUGAAGCGAGAAUCACGAUGGAAGCGUAUCAGACGUUGUACUGUAGCUCAAUCGCUUUCGGUAUGAGAAAAGCUCUACAGUCAGAGCAAGGCAAAUCCGAUCUAAUGGAACAAGUGGCGAAACUAGAAGCGGAGCGUUCGGCCCUCGAGAAGACUUGUGCAGAGUUGAAGCAGAAGACGGAACAGCUCGAGCGCCGAGCGGCUGAGCUGCGUGCUGCCGAGGAGAAGAGACACCAGGAGGAACUCCUGGCUUUGAAGAAGACCAAUGCGCAGCUCAAGGCUCAACUAGAGGGUAUCAUCGCUCCAAAGAAAUAAACUUGUUAAAUAUUUCCUUCGUUAUAGACUGUUUAAGGAACUGUGUUCCUAUUUAAAUGUAAUUACAAUUUAUGUUUAUUAAAAGUAUAAAUAAUACA